GUACUGCGGUUGUUGUUGACUUGGUUGUAAUGACUGGAUAAGGCCUCGGACUAAAUUAUAACACAUCCCGUCGCUGCCCCGGGACACCCGCUAAUGGAGGGCAUGGACAUAGACCUUGACCCGGAGCUCAUGCAAAAAUUCAGCUGCAUGGGCACCACGGACAAAGAUGUUCUCAUCUCAGAAUUCCAAAGAUUGCUGGGGUUCCAGCUGAACCCCGCUGGCUGCGCCUUCUUCCUUGACAUGACCAACUGGAACCUUCAGGCAGCCAUCGGUGCAUAUUAUGACUUCGAGAGCCCUAACAUCAACACACCAUCAAUGUCUUUUGUUGAGGAUGUGACAAUUGGAGAGGGAGAGUCUGUUCCUCCAGACACACCAUUCACAAAAACCUGGAGGAUACAAAACACAGGUUCAGAGUCGUGGCCCCCAGGAGUGUGUCUAAAGUAUGUGGGUGGGGACCAGUUUGGUCACGUGAACAUGGUCAUGGUGCGGUCUCUGGACCCCCAGGAGAUCUCAGACGUUAGCGUGCAGAUGAGAAGCCCUGCAUCCCCAGGCAUGUACCAGGGCCAGUGGAGGAUGUGUACAGCCACUGGACUCUUCUAUGGAGAUGUGAUCUGGGUGAUCCUGACGGUAGAGGUGGGCGGUCUCCUUGGCGUGACGCAACAGCUUUCCUCCUUUGAGACGGAAUUUAACACCCAGCCUCACCGCAACGUGGAGGGAGACUUCAACCCAUUCGCGUCACCACAGAAGAACAAGCAAGAUGCCAAUGACGACAACCUUAAAGACCAUGGGGGUACCUGGGAAAGCCCUAUGGACUCCAUUCAGCCAGAUCAAAACGGACUCUCACGCAACUCUGUAAAUAUUACGCCAAAUGGCCUCCAAAACAACUUAUCUGUAGUCACUUACAGCCAGGUGUGUCCAGAGGGCAUUCAUGGGCCAUACCCAUUUGGACAGUCUUAAAGGACAAAUCACGACCAUAUAGGCAGCUUCCAAGGCUGUGGUUCUGGAAAUCAUCCAGGCCUGGGAGCGGGUGGGGGCAGGUGGAGCGGAGCAACCAAGAUUUUAAAAGUAGAGACUGGGGAAAAAAAAAAACCUCCCCCUCCCACCAAAACCCACCACCACCACCACCACCUACAGUUUGGACACAGCUGUUUUUAUGUUCCAAAAAAAAGAAAAUCGAUGUUUGAGAAAUUUUAACGCCCAAGUUAAGCAUGUAUGAAUGCUGAAUUAAGUCGAGUGCUCAAAAGCCUGAAAGAAACAAGUCAAUUACACAUUUUGUUUGUUUUGUUUUUUUUUUGUUUGUUUUUGUUUUUUUCCCCAAAUCUUGUCACACUUACUUCAGAAGAUCCAGGUGGAGUAAGAUAGAAUGUGUGUGAAUGAGUGUGAGUGAAACAUGCACAAGAAAGGAGUGCAAAAAAUCAAAAAACAAAAACAAAAAAAACAAAGCCAUCGCAUAAGAAUUUCUGCCAUUGAAGUAGUUUUCUAUUUUAAUACUUUCAAUGUUAAUUGUUAUUGUUCUCUGACUUUUACCUGGUUAACUUAAAAAGAUUUUACCAAACACAAACCUGUGUAUACUCAUUUUGGAAAAAUAUGGAAUUGGCAGUUUUGAGCAAUGCUUAUACACACACACAC